GGCGUCGCUGGAGGGGGUGUGCCCGCGAGGAGGGGGCUUCGCGCCGGGGCCGCGGCGCGGAGGAGCGCGGGGAGGCGCCGGGGGAGGAGACGCGGGGGCCGGCGGGCGAGGCUUCGCCGGGCCGGGCGCGCGCUCGCCGCCGUCUGGGAGCCGCGGAGUGCCGAGCGAGGCCGCCGCUGCCGGCCCGAGGGAGGCCGCCCGGGCGCGCACGCUCGCCGAGCCCGGCGCGCCCCGCGCUGCGCCUGCCGCCAGCUGCCGCCGGGCUCGCGCGGUCCGCUCGCGGCUCGCGGCCUCGGCCUCGGCUCUCCGCCUCCGCCCCCUCGGAUCCCGCCCUCCGCUCGCCCGCUCCGGCCCCGGCGCGGCUCGUUUCGCAACCGCUAGCCACUUGCCCCGCGCCCGGCUGUCCUGCCCGCCCCGGCCCCGCUCCUGGAGUACUUCGCCCUGCGUCGGGGAGAGGGGCUGGCAGAGGGCGGGCGGCGCGCCCUGAGGAGGAGGAGGAAGCCGGGCCCGCAGGAGGCGGCGGCCCGUGGGGAGGGGACCCCACGCCACCCUGUCUGGCCGUGCCCGGCCGCCCCGCCCCUGCGCGCACUCCCUCGCGGGCGAGCUACUUUCGGACGAGGAAAGUGAGGCGGCCCUGGGUGACAGCGCCGCGGGGCCAGUCCCGGGCUCAGCCGCGCGUCUGCUCGCUCUCGCCGUCGCUCUCCAGCCGGGGCGCAGCCCGGACCGAGGAUGGCUUCGACCACCACCUGCACCAGGUUCACGGACGAGUACCAGCUCUUCGAGGAGCUCGGAAAGGGGGCAUUCUCAGUGGUGAGAAGAUGUAUGAAAAUCCCUACUGGACAAGAAUAUGCUGCCAAAAUUAUCAACACCAAAAAGCUUUCUGCUAGGGAUCAUCAGAAACUGGAAAGGGAAGCUAGAAUUUGCCGUCUUUUGAAGCACCCUAAUAUUGUGCGACUUCAUGACAGCAUAUCAGAAGAGGGCUUUCAUUACUUGGUGUUUGAUUUAGUUACUGGAGGGGAACUGUUUGAAGACAUAGUGGCAAGAGAAUAUUACAGCGAAGCUGAUGCCAGUCAUUGUAUACAGCAGAUUCUAGAAAGUGUAAAUCAUUGUCACCUAAAUGGCAUAGUUCACAGGGACCUGAAGCCUGAGAAUUUGCUUUUAGCUAGCAAAUCCAAGGGAGCAGCUGUGAAAUUGGCAGACUUUGGCUUAGCCAUAGAAGUUCAAGGAGACCAGCAGGCGUGGUUUGGUUUCGCUGGCACCCCUGGAUAUCUCUCUCCAGAAGUUUUACGUAAAGAUCCUUAUGGAAAGCCAGUGGAUAUGUGGGCAUGUGGUGUCAUUCUCUAUAUUCUACUGGUGGGGUACCCGCCCUUCUGGGAUGAAGACCAGCACAGACUCUACCAGCAGAUCAAGGCUGGAGCUUAUGAUUUUCCAUCACCAGAAUGGGACACAGUGACUCCGGAAGCCAAAGACCUCAUCAAUAAAAUGCUGACUAUCAACCCUGCCAAACGUAUCACAGCUUCAGAGGCACUGAAGCACCCAUGGAUCUGUCAACGCUCUACUGUCGCGUCCAUGAUGCACAGGCAGGAGACUGUGGACUGCUUGAAGAAAUUCAAUGCCAGAAGAAAACUAAAGGGCGCCAUCUUGACAACCAUGCUGGCUACGAGGAAUUUUUCAGCAGCCAAAAGUUUGUUGAAGAAACCGGAUGGAGUGAAGAUAAACAACAAAGCCAACGUGGUAACCAGCCCCAAAGAAAAUAUUCCUACCCCGGCGCUGGAGCCCCAAACUACUGUAAUCCACAACCCUGAUGGAAACAAGGAGUCAACUGAGAGUUCAAAUACAACAAUUGAGGAUGAAGAUGUGAAAGCACGAAAGCAGGAGAUUAUCAAAGUCACUGAACAACUGAUUGAAGCUAUCAACAAUGGGGACUUUGAAGCUUACACAAAAAUCUGUGACCCAGGCCUUACUGCUUUUGAACCUGAAGCUUUGGGUAAUUUAGUGGAAGGGAUGGACUUUCACCGAUUCUACUUUGAAAACGCUUUGUCCAAAAGCAAUAAACCGAUCCACACUAUCAUCCUGAACCCCCACGUGCACCUGGUGGGCGAGGACGCCGCCUGCAUAGCGUACAUCCGGCUCACGCAGUACAUGGACGGCGGCGGGAUGCCCAAGACCAUGCAGUCCGAGGAGACCCGCGUGUGGCACCGCCGGGACGGGAAGUGGCAGAACGUUCACUUUCAUCGCUCGGGGUCACCGACCGUACCCAUCAAGCCACCCUGUAUUCCAAAUGGGAAAGAAAACUUCUCAGGAGGCACCUCUUUGUGGCAAAACAUCUAAGGCCUGAAAACCAUUCCCAUAUGGUCUUCUAAAUAUCAACAGUGCCACUUCUGCAUUCUCCGUUCUCAAGGCACCUGGAAGGUUAUCCUGGGCGGUCCCCUCCUCUUCUUCAUGCAUGUUUCUGAGUGCAUGAAGUUGUGAAGGUCCUACAUGUAAUGCAUAUGUGAUACAUCAUCUUAUAUUCCUUCCUAUACGUUGUUUACACUUCAACUACGGGGAUGUUCCAUGCUAACUUAAAUCACUGUUGGCAAACAAUAGGGGGAGGUCAGACAAAAAAAUUCCACAAUAUUCCAAGUACAACUAUUCAUCAAGUUUCUCUGUUUAUGCCAAGACUUAACAGACUUAAAAACUAUUGUUUUCUGAAUGACAGUUUGUAAGAGAAAUGUAAAUUUUUUAGAACUCUUUGCUGUUAAUCUGUUUUGGUUUGUUUGUUUUUUGGGGUUUUUUUUUGUUUGUUUUUUAAAAAAAAGGCAAAAAAAAAUAUACCGUCAGUUUCCUGGUGUGAUCCUGGUUGAAAUGGAUGAUUGUUCAUUGAAAGCUUUGCUGUUUAACAGUUGAAGUGGGUUGAUAUGUGGGCAAAAAUCACUUAUGAAUGUAAAAGAAAGAAUCAGGUGGUUUGCUAUCAUCUAAAGCCAUGUGGUUUUUGGUCAAACUAUGUAAACUGGAAAAAUUCACAUCAUUUAUGAGUUUGAUCACUUCAGUUUAUAUUCACACUGUUUUGGUGAAUUUCCUGCAUUGAGUUUUUUUUCUUUCUCAAAUCUAUGCUCUCUUUUCUUUAUUUCAUUUAUUUCCUAUUUGUUGCUUUUGUUUGAUUCCUUUUCUAUUUUUCUUUUGUUCCAUUCUUUCCCAUUUUUUGGCUGGGAGUAUAUGAGAAAAGAAUGAAAGUGAAAUUUGCAAAAUGAGGCUAAAAUAGAAAUCAAGGCCUUUUGGGAGUUGCUAAACUAGCACUUUUGACCAUCUUCAGGGCCCACAAAAAUGUUGUCAAGAUUUUAAAGGUUUUUAAUUCUGCUUAGGCUCUAGUUUGGACUUAGGUGUCCUAAUUGUGUUGGAGGUAUUCAAAUUGUUUAAACUUAGGGUAAAAGCAGAUAGUUGCUCCUGUAACUGCAAUGUCUUUCUGAUUGGGACAGUUGCCAGGAGAAUACUAAGUCGUUAGCAGAGAAGGAUUUUGCAAAUGCACUGAAUUCCUCCUUGUGGAAUGCAGCCCCCACCCCCUCCCCCAUCAUCCCUGGCUAGUUUUCUAAAGUUAGAGAAGCUUAGGAAUGUUUUCCAUUCUCAUAAGUGUUUUGAACUUGAUCUUUGUGACUUGUGCUUUUUCAGCUUCUCUCUUGAGUCAGAGUAUCAUUAUCUUCCUCUAAGGAGUUAGGAUUUUCCAGUUUAAAACAAAAAGAAAAGGGAAAUGUCCUGGAUUCUCUUAGUGCUCCUCAUUUCUUCUUUGUUGAUUCAAUUCCCGUGAGGGUUUUUCUCCUCCCUGAAAUGCUUUCUAGCGCAUGGGCUCUCCAUCCGUGUUAUUUUAACGAUAGUAAUUCACUGUCCUCAGAAGCAGCCUAUUUUUAAAGCAGAAGCAAAAAACAAAAACAAAACAACAAAAAAAAAACCCUCCCUCUUCUCUCUCAUGUCACCUUUCUGUGUUGAUUACUAAUCACGUUAGAUAUUAUCGCUAGUGGGUGUAUGAUAGAUGGAUUGAAGCUUUUCUGAUAAUUAUUACACAAUUUAAAACAAUAUAUAUUUAAAAUAAAUAUAUACAGUAAAUGUAUUGAGCCAUGUUAACCUGCCAAUGAAAUCUGUGAAAAAGUAACGGCCUCAUUUUUCCCUUUUUAAUUUCUUUGACCUUUUUGUGAAGCGGCUAUCCGUGGCAUACAUGUAUUUUAAAAUAAUUAGGCGUAGAGUGUUUUUUUUUUUACACUUUUAAUUUAGCAUGUGGUGCUGAAGUAUUACCGUAGAUCAAGUUUGUCUUCCGCACUCAGACGUGAGGACAUUGUGAUUUGUUCUCUCCACCACAACUGAAUUACACCGUUAUUAUCUUCUGUCAUUUUGAAACACUGCAGUUUACCAUGGGACACUGUAUAUAUUUCUUGCCAUAAUGGUAAAUGACUGAUUGAUAUAUUUAAGAGUUAAUAAAUUUGUGAUUUCUGCUGA